CCCACCUCUCCCAGCUGGUAGGGCUAGCACUGGGGGUGGACCCGCAGGCACGGGCUUGCCCUGGGUGACACCCGCCCUCCCCAGUACAACAAGCUUCUGGCCUACAUGAAGACAACAUACAACAUGGGCCAGGUGUGCCUGAAUGAGGGGCCCUGCAUGCCCCUGGAGCCUGACCUCAAAGAUAUCAUGGCCACCUCCCGGGACCAGAAGGAGCUGCUGUGGGCCUGGCAGGGCUGGCGGGACGCUGUGGGUCGCCUGCUCCGUGGCACCUUCGAGCAGUAUGUGCAGCUCAGCAACAAGGCUGCGAGGCUCAAUGGUUACAGAGACAUGGGGGCCCUGUGGCGGGCCAAAUAUGAAUCUGACAAGCUGGAGAAGGACCUGGAGCAGCUCUUCCAGGAGCUGCAGCCGCUCUACCUGAACCUGCACGCCUACGUGCGCCGGGCCCUGUAUCGCUACUAUGGACCCGAGGUCAUCGAUGUGAAGGGGCCCAUCCCUGCCCACCUCCUGGGGAACAUGUGGGCUCAGUCCUGGGUCAAAAUCUUAGACCUGGUCCUACCCUUCCCAAAGAAGCCCCCUGAGGACAUCACAAAGAUCAUGCGAAGCCAGCACUGGAACCCCGAGAAAAUGUUCGUAGAGGCUGAAAAAUUCAUCACCUCCCUGGGGCUGCUUUCCACCCCUCCUGAUUUCUGGGAAAAUUCGAUGAUGGAAAGACCAACCGAUGGCCGGGAAGUGGAGUGCCACGCCUCCGCCUGGGACUUCUACAACAGCAAGGACUUCAGGAUAAAGAAGUGCACCGAGGUGACCACAGAAGACCUGCUCUCCAUCUUCCACCAGAUGGGCCAUAUCCAGUACUUCAUGCAGUAUAAGAACCUCCCCGUGAUCUUCCGUGCAGGCCCCAACCCAGCCUUUGAAGAGGCUGUGGGGUCAGUGAUCACCCUCUCGGCCUUUUCCCACAAGCACCUGCUCAACAGAGGCCUGCUCAGCCGUCAGCAUCAGGACUCAGAGGAGGAGGUCAAUUUCCUGAUGGGUAUUGCCCUGGACAAGAUCGCAUUCAUCCCCUUCGCCUAUCUGAUUGACUUGUAUCGCUGGAAGGUCUUUGACGGCACCAUCCAGAAGGAUAACUACAACCUGGAGUGGUGGAACCUCAGGUUGAAGUACCAGGGCCUGUGCCCUCCCAUCCCUCGGACAGAAGAUGACUUUGAUCCAGGUGCCAAGUUCCACAUCUCUGCCAGUGUGUCCUACACACGGUACUUCCUAAGCCUAGUGCUCCAGUUCCAGUUCCAAGAAGCGCUGUGCAAAGCCUCAGGCCACGUGGGUCCUCUGCACCGCUGUGACAUCUACAACUCGAAGACAGCCGGCAAGCUCCUGGAGGACGUCCUAAAGCAGGGUGCCAGCAAACCCUGGCCAGAGAUCCUGCAGAAUAUAACCGGGAAGACCAAGAUGUCUGCAGAGGCCCUUAAGACCUACUUCAAGCCCCUGAUGAACUGGCUGGUCACCGAGAAUGUGCGCCAGGGGGAGAUCCUGGGCUGGCCAGACUUCAGCUGUUCCUUUGAAGAGAAAGAAACAGACAAGGUGAAGUUCCUGAGCCUGAAACUGGACCCUGAUCAGGCCAAACUUGGGCAAUGGGUGUUGCUGGCCCUGAGCUUUGUCAUGUUCCUGGUGGCUCUACUGCUGGCCUGCAGGCUGUACUCCCUGGAAAAACAAUCACUGGCUCAGGACACCAGUGCACAGGGCACCAGUAGACAGGACACCAGUUCACAGGACACCAGUCUCAAGACACCACCCAACAGCUACUUCCUGGGCAUAGCCAUGAAGCCCAGCCAGGUUGCCAAAAGACAGUGGAUUCUGCUGGGCUUCUGCCUCAUCCUGAUGCUGUGCUCAAUCGGCCUGAUCAUAAGAAUUUUCACACAGCACCACAGGAAGCCUCCGUGGAUGAGCGCUGAAUGGUGGAGCUGGGACUAGACACCAGUGCAACUGGUGAGACUGGGGGGCAAGCCAGAGAAGGUUGAGGGGGACUGGAGCAGCGGGGGGGA